CUAAUGUAAUAAUGUUUAUUAUAAUAUUUUGUGACAUACCUAUCAAAUUUUAUUUUAUGCUUACUAAAUAUUGUCCAAUGUACAGCUAAAUUAUUGUGUUAUUAUUUUCAUACUUCAUUAUUAAAUUUUGAAUGAUUCAAUUUAUAGUCGUUAAUGGUAGGUAGAAAGUACCCACCAUUCAAUCACUCUUCGAGAUACAUGCAAAACGGCACACCGCAAACUGCACAUUCAAUACUAAUAGUCUAUGUGCACUGUUCAUUGAGAUUCGACAUCAGAUACAGGUGUUAUGUCAGUAGAAGAAAUGGAUACUAUUCAGACAUCAUCUUGUGAAAAUAACGUAAAGCAAGUUUUGGAAUCAAAUGAAUGUGAACCAACACAUUUUAGAAAUAGCUUUCACUCUGAUAGAAUACUAGAAGGCUUACAGUCUCUACGCAAAAAUGAAUUUUUUUGUGACAUUAGAUUUGAAACAGAAGAUGGAAAUAUAACGUUUGGUAAUAAAAUUGUCCUAAUGGCAGCUAGUCCAUAUUUCUUUGCAAUGUUUAGUAAUUUUGGUGAGAGAAACAAAGAUGUUGUUAUUAUAAGAGAAUUAGAUUCCACCAUUUUACAAAUAUUAGUAGAUUAUAUUUAUACUGGAGAAAUUAUGAUCACAAAAGAAAAUGUACAGGUGUUGUUACUAGCUGCAAAUGUCUUACAGCUAGAGGUUGUAACUAAUGCAUGUGCUGAGUUUUUACAAAAACAACUGGAUGCAUCUAAUUGUAUUGGUAUCAGAGCGUUUGCUGACUUACAUAACUGUACAGAAUUGUUAUCAAGUUCUGAAGCAUUAAUAAAAAAAGAGUUUCUGGAAGUGGUUAAAAGUGAUGAGUUCCUAUCUUUAUCUUUUGAAGAUGUGGUUAAGAUUAUCUCCUGUAAUGACCUUGCUGUUCCAUAUGAAGAAAAAGUAUUUGAAAGUGUUAUUAAAUGGGUAAAACAGGAUUUGGUUCAGAGAAAAGACUUUUUGACAGAAUUAAUGGAACACGUACGUUUGCCAAUGAUAUCAUCUAGGCCUGAUAUAUUAUUAAAUAUAGCAAAUGAACCUAUUCUAAAGAAUAAUCCUAAAUGCAAAGAUUUUGUAAUUGAAGCAUACCAUUUUAAUCUACAAAAAACAGUUCAGUAUUUCACAAUUCCACAAACAAUUCGUUGUACACCCAGGCAGUUUGGUGAUUCACGAAAAGUUAUUUUAAUGUUCAACCGGUCUGAUACAUCGCCAAAGUGUUAUACAGAAUGGUAUGACCCAGCAACCAAACUACGUGAGAAAGCACCAGGGAUAAAUGAUUGUCGUAAGGAAGCUGGUCUAGGUGUAAUUAGAGAUCAAUUUGUUUUUGUUGUGGGAGGUGUGAAUAAUUUGUGUUCACAAUCUGUUAGUAUGCUUGAUGUAUCUUUACGAUCUCCAUCUUGGGUUCCAAUGGCCAACAUGGUAGUAAACCGGCAACGAUUAGGAGUUGCUGUAUUGGAUGAUUGUAUAUAUGCAGUUGGUGGUGGAAAUCUCAACAAUCCAUUAAAUUGUGUAGAGGUGUUUGAUGUCAGUAUUCAAAAAUGGAGAUUGGUAGCUAGUAUGUCUACUGAAAGAUGUGAUUUGGGUGUUGGUGUACUCAAUAAUUUAUUAUACGCGGUUGGGGGUACUGCAGGUAAAAAUUGUUUGAAAUCUGUGGAAUAUUAUGAUCCCACACUUGAUACAUGGACACCAGUUGCAGAGAUGUCUAUAAACCGUCAAGGUGUUGGUGUAGGAGUUUUGGACGGUGUUCUGUAUGCUAUUGGUGGCUAUAAUAGAAAAUAUCUUAAAAGUGUUGAGAUUUAUAGACCGAGUGAUGGAGUUUGGUCUUCUGUAGCUGAUAUGGAAAUAUGUCGUUUUCGUCCUGGAGUAGUGGCAUUAGAUGGUUUAUUGUAUGUUAUGGGCGGAGAAUCUGUAGUUGGAUCUAUCAUUGAUACUGUAGAAAUUUACAACCCUAAAACCAAUACUUGGACCAUGGAGAGAUUUUCGAGAAGUCGUUCGGAGACGGUUUGUCAGCCUGGGAAAGAUGUUGUUAUUAUAAGAGAAUUAGAUUCCACCAUUUUACAAAUAUUAGUAGAUUAUAUUUAUACUGGAGAAAUUAUGAUCACAAAAGAAAAUGUACAGGUGUUGUUACUAGCUGCAAAUGUCUUACAGCUAGAGGUUGUAACUAAUGCAUGUGCUGAGUUUUUACAAAAACAACUGGAUGCAUCUAAUUGUAUUGGUAUCAGAGCGUUUGCUGACUUACAUAACCGUACAGAAUUGUUAUCAAGUUCUGAAGCAUUAAUAAAAAAAGAGUUUCUGGAAGUGGUUAAAAGUGAUGAGUUCCUAUCUUUAUCUUUUGAAGAUGUGGUUAAGAUUAUCUCCUGUAAUGACCUUGAUGUUCCAUAUGAAGAAAAAGUAUUUGAAAGUGUUAUUAAAUGGGUAAAACAAGAUUUGGAUCACAGAAAAGAUUUUUUGACAGAAUUAAUGGAACAUGUACGUUUGCCCAUUAUAGCAUCUAGGCCUGAUAUAUUAUUAAAUAUAGCAAACGAACCCCUUCUACAGAAUAAUCCUAAAUGUAUUGGAUAUUUAAUUGAAGCAUACUAUUUUAAUCUACAAAAAGCAGCACAGUAUUUCACCAUUCCACAAACAAUUCGUUGUAAACCCAGGCAAUUUGGUGAUUCACAAAAAGUUAUUUUAAUGUUCAAUCGGUCUGAUAAAUCACCAAAGUGUUAUACAGAAUGGUACGACCCAGCAACUAAACUGCGAAAGAGUGCACCUGGGUUAAAUGAUUGUCGUCAGUUAGCUGGUCUAGGCGUAAUUAGAGAUCAAUUUGUUUUUGCUGUAGGAGAUGUGAAUAAUUUGUGUUCACAAUCUGUUAGUAUACUUGAUGUAUCUCUACAGUCUCCAUCUUGGGUUCCAAUGGCCAACAUGGUAGUAAAACGGCAACGAUUAGGAGUUGGUGUAUUGGAUGAUUGUAUAUAUGCAAUUGGUGGUGGAAAUCUCGACAAUCCAUUAAAUUGUGUAGAGGUUUUUGUUGUCAGUAUUCAAAAAUGGAGAUUGGUAUCUAGUAUGUCUACUGAAAGAUGUGAUUUGGGUGUUGGUGUUCUCAAUUAUUUAUUAUACGCGGUUGGGGGUGCUGCAGGUAAAAAUAGAUGUUUGAAAUCUGUGGAAUAUUAUGAUCCCACACUUGAUACAUGGACACCAGUUGCAGAGAUGUCCGUAUGCCGUCAAGGUGUUGGUGUAGGAGUUUUGGACGGUGUUCUGUAUGCUAUUGGUGGCUAUAAUGGAAAAUAUCUUAAAAGUGUUGAGAUUUAUAGACCGAGUGAUGGAGUUUGGUCUUCUGUAGCUGAUAUGGAAAUAUGUCGUUUUCGUCCUGGAGUACUGGCAUUAGAUGAUUUAUUAUAUGUUAUGGGCGGAGAAUCUGCAGAUGAAUCUAUCAAUGAUACUGUAGAAAUUUACAACCCCAAAACCAAUACUUGGACCAUGGAGAGAUUUUCGAGAAGUGGUUGUCACAUUUUUGGUGGAUUAGUUGUUGAUAGACCACCACAUUUUAUUAACUAAUCAGCAUAUAUAAUGGUCUUAUUGUUGAUAUUAAUAUGAUUAUAUGAACAUAUUUAUUUAUAAUUUAUGACAAUACUUGAAUUGUUUAUUUUUCUUUUUGUAAAUGUUUGAUACAAAUGUUUUUUUAUAAUUUAAAUUGGUUAUUUACAGAUAAAUAAGCUAUAAAGUUUAUUAUAUCAGAAAAAUGUUAUAUUAUAAUUUACAAUAUACAUUAUAUCUUUUAGA